CUCUUAUUAUUAUAUGGAGCGAAAGGGCUAAACCAUCUGUUAGCGCCGUCCGGGAGUCUGCCCUUCUUCCGCCAGCCUCUGUGUAAUCCCCCAUCUCCAAAACCCUAGCCCAAAGAUGGAUCAGGAGAGGCUUAGGAAGAUUGCCAGUGCGGUUCGCACCGGUGGAAAGGGUACCGUGAGAAGAAAGAAGAAGGCAGUUCAUAAGACCACCACAACUGAUGAUAAAAGGCUACAGAGCACCCUAAAGAGAAUUGGGGUGAAUGCCAUUCCUGCCAUUGAGGAGGUCAACAUUUUCAAGGACGAUGUGGUUAUCCAAUUCAAUAGCCCGAAGGUUCAAGCAUCUAUUGCUGCAAACACCUGGGUUGUUAGUGGUUCUCCUCAAAUAAAGAAAUUGCAGGACAUCUUGCCUGGUAUCAUCAAUCAAUUGGGGCCAGAUAAUUUGGACAACUUGCGAAAAUUAGCUGAGCAGUUCAAACAGCAAGCACCUGGAGCAGGUGUUGAUGUUGAUGCAAAGAAUGUAGAAGAGGAGGACGAUGACGUUCCAGAACUUGUUGAUGGGGAGACUUUUGAAGCUCCCGCAGAAGAAAAUCGUUCUUCUUAGAGAAAUCCCUUCGGGAAAGGAGUGUUUUUGUGGCGUUUUAUACUUCUUACAUACUACUAGAAUUUGUUGAGACAAGUUUUAUUCUUAAAUCUUAUCAUAAUAUCUCUAACCACCUGUUCUCUUUAUGAUGAGGAGGAACGUUA